AUGGGGCACUGGUGGGUUUCACUUCACACUUUCCACUUCCUUAUAAAAGCGUCAGGAAACCCCUCGGAGCGCGCAAUCGGAUUCAGUAUGCAUUUUUCUUGUGUGUGCCUUAAGUGCGCACCUCUCCUUACUCUUUGGAGUCCCACGUGCCCCGUGAACAUCAAAAGUUUACUAGGAACAUUUUAUUCCAACCCCACCCUGUUCUCUCUAUCCUCUCCUUCCUUAACUGUUACCUCCAUGUCAUCCUUUUUUUUUAUUUUGGUUUCAACACCGGCGCGGCUACGGCUAACUCCACUUUCCCUCCACUGCUCGUAG